ACACAUCUUUGACCUCUAACCACACCAUAGCGAUACUCCAAGAAGAAGCACCGGCGAUGGCGCCUCCGUCACGUGCCACGGUUGCCCUCUUCUUCUACGCGAUCGGCGUCCUCGUCCUUUCCUGCUCGCCGCCCGCGCGGUCGCAGCAGCCCUACGGCUCGGAGAUCGCCGACUGCGGCAGCAAGCACAACGACACCGGCCUACUGGGCUACUUCUGCGGCAGCGGCGCCCCAUCCUGCGAGUCCUAUCUCACCUUCCACGCCCGCUCGCCCUUCUCUGACCCCGCCUCCAUCGCCGCGCUCCUCGGUGCCGACGCCGCGAGCCUCGCCGCGGCCAACUCCGCCUCGUCGCCGUUCGCGCAGGGCACCAAGGUGCUCAUUCCAGUGCGCUGCUCCUGCACGGGCGCAGCGGCGGGCGGGUCCUACUACCAGCGCAACGCCACGUACGUGGCUCGCGACGGCGACACGCUGUUCAUCAUCGCCAACAACACGUUCCAGGGCCUGUCCACGUGCCAGGCCGUCGAGGAGCAGGGCCUCGGCGGCGCGGCGCCGACCAGCCUCCUCGCCGGGCAGAGCGUCACUGUGCCGCUCCGGUGCGCGUGCCCGAGCGCCUCCCAGGCCGCGGCCGGCGUCAGGUUCCUGGUGAGCUACCUGGUGGACGAGCUCGACACGGUGGACGCCGUGGCCGCGAGAUUCGGCGUCGACGCCAGGAGCAUCUUGGAGGCCAAUCAACUCAAGAGCGACGCCACAAUAUACCCUUACACUACCUUGCUCAUCCCUGUUAAGUCGCAGCCGAACAUAUCGCAACUCCAGUCACCGCCGCCGCCGCCACCGCCGCCGGUAGCGUCUGUUCCGGCCACGAAGGGCAAGAGCCAUACGGGGGUUUACAUUGGCAUUGGCGUAGCCGUGCCAGUUGUUGCCGUCAUCGCCUCUGUUGUGGCUGCUCUUGUUCUGAAGGCGAGGAGGCGGCGAGCCAGCACAGAUCCAACCACCGCCGGCGGCUUCGCCGACAAGGACGGCAAGGACAUGGGCAAGCUGCCGUAUGGAGUUACCGGCGACGAGGUCUCCGUGACAAUCAGCGAGGCGUUCUCGAGCCUGUCGGACAUCAAGUCCUCCCUGAAGGUGUACACCUACGACGAGCUGGUAACGGCGACGGACGACUUCAGCACGGAGCGCCGCAUCAGCGGCUCGGUGUACCGAGCGGCCUUCAACGAAGACACCGCUGCAGUCGAGAUCGUGGACCACGACGUGUCGACGGAGGUGGAAAUCACGAGGAGGAUGAACCACUUCAACCUUGUCAGGCUCAACGGCCUCUGCCAUCACCGUGGCCGGUGGUACCUCGUCUCCGAGUACGCCGAGCACGGAACGCUCCGUGACCGGCUCCUCGCCGGAGCCACGGGCGCGGUGGCGCCGCUGAGCUGGACGCAGCGGGUGCAGGUCGCGCUCGACGUCGCCGAGGGGCUCCGGUACCUCCACGGGUACGCGCGGCCGCCGUACGUGCACAUGGACGUGCGCAGCGGCAGCAUCCUCCUGGACACGGCGUUUCGCGCCAAGAUCCGGAACUUCGGCGGCGCGAGGGUCAUCCGGGGAGGAGACGACGGAGACCAGGGCGAUGCCCGCGAGCUGUUCACGAUGACGAGCACCAUCGCCGGCGCACGCGGGUACAUGGCGCCGGAGUACCUGGAGCAUGGCGUGGUGUCGCCCAAGGCCGACGUGUACUCCUUCGGCGUGGUGCUCCUAGAGCUAUUCACCGGGAAAGACGUGGAUCAGCUGGAAGAGGAUGGCGGCGGCGACCCGCUCGCCGGGUUGAACGCGCUGGGCGUCGACCGGAAAAACGAUGAGGAACACCACGGGGAUGAUGGCGCGGCGCUGAAGAGGCUGGAAGAGUUUGUAGACCCGGCGAUGGCGGCUGGGAGCUGUCCCUUGGACGCCGUCGUCAUGAUGGUCAGACUGAUCGAAAGGUGCGUCCAGCGCAACGCGGGGGCACGGCCGGGAAUGGGGGAGGUCGCGCAGUACCUGCUGAAGCUGUCGGACAUCUCGGGAGAUAGCUGGCAGAGCUCGUCGGAAUACCGCCAUAGCUCCGUCAGCGAGGCGACCAGCGAACAGUUAGCGCGGUGACAACUAAUCAGGAUGCAUGCUAUGGGGGCCUCCUACGAAAUUCAGUAAUGCUACACUUACG